AUGGCGUAUGUUCCCAAUGGCAACAUAAAAACAAAAAUCAGUAUUUUUGAGCGGAUCACCUCGCUGAGACUGGCAGACGAGUCUGUGAGAGAAACGAAAGUUAUACCCCGUGUAUCUCUGAUAAAUCACACGUCGUUUCCAAAGACCGAGGAGUAUCUCCGGACCCAGAAAAGCCACAUUUUUCUCACAUUCGACGAGGACAAGCACAACUUUAACAACGAGGUCCGUUUUAGCACACGCACCAGCCUAAUUGAGUGCAUUUCAUUUGUCCGAGUUGCAGAAUUUUGGCUUAAACUCGACAGCCAAAACACAGUAAUCAUAAGAAACUCGUACAAAAGCAGUUUAUCGUUCUAUCUGCUGGGCCUUGUGCGUUAUAUCCAAGAUACUACGUUUGAACAAGCGUACAAUACCGUAAAGGAGAAGGUCAAAAAUCUGGAGAUGCCAAGGAAGUUGUACCUGUCGUAUUUUGAGAACUACCUGAGUAGAAAUGAGUUCAAAACACUGUGUAUCCACCAGAUAGUGAUAAGCACUCUGCCGAGGAAAAGAGUAGAAAGCAGCAAGCCGUUCGGUAAACCGUUUUAUUCACUGCGAAUCAUGGAAAAGCCCACUAUAUCAACGGUUAUCCACGACGAACACCAUGUUAUAUGCAAGGUGGAUACCUCAAUUGCUGGCGAUGUCACACUGGUGCUCAACAGGAACAAUGCCAAGCUGUUCACGCUCUUUCUUAACACGAAUUCCUUCGAGGAAGGUCUUUAUCGGUUCAGCAAAGAUGAUUUGGUGCUAGACAGUGGUACAAUUCUGGAUGAUGAUUUCACGAUCGAUAUUAUCUUUUUCAAAACUGAUAAAAAAAGUAAGGUUUACAAUCUCAAUGGUAAAUCACUUUUGAUUGACAAAUUUGCUGGUAGCUACGACGAAAAUCUAUUGAACCGGCUGAAAGGAGAAGGUUAUAGCAAAGAUGAUGCAAUGAUAGCGACAAUUACAGCAAAUUCAUCAACUGGAAUGAGCAAAGUAUUACAAAAGCUGAAGAAAAGAGAAGAGGUGCCAAAUUCUAGCAAGGAGGCAUCGCUGGAUCGACCAUAUAAGCCAAACGAUGAUAUUACCUUGGUAGACAUAAACCUGAUAGUCGAUAUAAUGCCUGAAAAAGAGAACACAAAGACGAAAAAAAAAACGCUGCCGCCCAAAAAUAUACCGAAGACGGAGAUAGCCAACUCGUUGACGGUUCGUCCGUUCUAUUGGGCGGUAAUUCCAAAAUCGUGCGACAGCAUUUUCAACGAAUUGGACGAUGUGCACACACAGAUCGAUUUUAUGAAGUUUGAGGACUGGUUCUGCAUUACAACGGACUGCCAACAGCUUAAGGUAGAAAAGCAGGCUAGCAGUGUGAUACGAGACAGCAGACGGCUAUUUUUGGUCUCGCUGUCACUGAAAACGUUUGAAAAGAAACAAUUUGUUCUGCACAACAAACAGCUGGCGGACCUGCCGUUGGAGGACCUGACAAUGAUAAACACCAUAAUUCCUACGGAUGAAGAGUAUAAGAUGAUGUUCUCAAGAAAAAAAGAAUUGAACGAUAUAGAACGCAAAAUGAUCGCGUUCUACCCGUAUAAAAAGCUCAUCAGGCUGCUAAUCUUUGAAAGACGGUUCUUCGAGAACAAAGACAACUGGAUAAUCGGCGUGGAGAACAUAAAAAGUGUGUACGACACGAUUCUGCAGAGCAACAACAUUCGUUUGCUUCUCAAGACGGUUCUAGAGCUCGGAAACACGAUAAACACCAACUAUGGAAAUAACCGAAGAAAAGCAUCGGCUUUCAAGGUUUGUUCUUUAGUACUAACCAAGAACUACAGGGGAAAGAAAAACAACCAAUCACUUCUAAAAUUUGUUGCUGAGACGGCACGCAGCAGACUGAAAAGCAUUAAAAGCGAUUUGGAAACAAUCGAAUCGAUAAGAAAUGAUGAGCUAAACAACUACAAGGAAAUUAUGAACGAGUACAUUCUAGAAUACAGAACAUGCAAGGAAUGGGUGGAAGAGCUGGAUGGCGAGCUAAGAGCGAAUAUGAAGGCUUUUCUCUUCUACUUCUCGGAAUUUGUGAGAAACUUCUCAAACGAGUAUAGGGAGGCGGUGAUCUACUCGAGCAUAAUAAAGCGAAAGUUUGGCGAGCCUGAGAACAAAAAUGUGAAGGAAAUAAUUUCGAUUCUGUACAAUUUUCUUAAAUCUGUGCGCCAUGAAAUAGAAACUUGAACGUUCCCAA